AAAUGAAACAGAAUAUAUAGCAUUUACUCGGUUUUAAUUGUGUGUUCUCUUUUAAAUAUUACGAACGUAAAAAAACCCCACCCUGGAAAUGGCAUGACCUACGGAAGGUAACGGAAAUUAACGAAUAAUUCCCUGGACAUAACCAAUCAUAGUGCACCACGAACUUUUCGCUCCAGAAAGUUCAGCAAUGUCGUCUGCAAUACACUUUUUGUUUGUGUUGUUAUUUUCAUUAUUCGUUAUUAAUGCUGUUUUCUGUGACAGUGAUCAAACGGACAGAAAAGAAGAAGAGAAAUGGAAGAAAAAAGAUAUCAGAGAUUAUGACGACGGAGAUGUUGAAAGACUUUACGAUCAGUGGGAGGAUGCGGAGGACGAACCUCUAGACGAAGACGAACAACCGGAAUGGAAGCGGACACCGAAACCGAUCGACAUGAGUAAACUGAAUCUCGAGGAUCCGGAGGGCGUGCUCAAGAUGACCAAACAAGGAAAAUCACUCAUGAUGUUUGCAACAGUUUCAGGUGAUCCAACAGAAAAAGAAACCGAAACCAUCACAGCUUUAUGGCAGUCAAGUAUGUUCAAUGCCCAUCUGGAGAUGCAAAGAUACAUAGUUGGUCCUAACCGUGUGUUGUUUAUGGUACCUGAUGGUUCGAAGGCAUGGGAUGUGAAAAACUACCUUAUACAACAGGAGAAAUGUGCAGAGGUUACGAUCGACGGACAAAACUAUCCGGGGAAAGGUGCCAAGAAAACGGGUGCAAAAGAUGACAAGAAGAAAACGGACAAGAAAACCACAGACAAAGAUAAGAAGAAAUCGAAGGAGGUUAAAAAAGACAAGAAGAAAUCCGACAACGACAUCAAGAAAGAAAAGAAAUCGGACAGCAAGGAUAAAAAACAGAAGGGAAAAGAGGAGGACAACAAAACGGGAAGAAAGACAGAAAAGAAGAAAGACCGAAAGAAAACAGAGUUGUAGAGAUGUGACGAGAAGAACGUGCAGUAUUUAUUUCUAAUAUUUCUAGUCAUUCCUUAAAGGUGUGGUUACGCAGUAGAUAACCAUCUGAAGAGAGAUUUGCACUUCUCAAAUGAGACCAUUUAAAAAAAAAACCCAUGUAAUGGAAUGGUAUUGGUUACGACAUGAACACCACAGUUUUAACACCUAUGUUUACAGGCUUCGAUAAUCGACACCAUUUCCCCACCAUUCCUCAAAAUCAGUUUUUUUAUUCGCAAUUUCUUUGUAGUAAAAAAAAUUCCCAAUUGAUGUUAAUAAUUCUUCUUUUUUAUAAAGGCAUGUUUUGAAAACAAUGCACAACACUUGAUAUUAAUUUGAAUAUAUAUACAAUGUACUUGUAUAGUAUAACUCAUUUAAAUUCUAACAAAGUUCAAUGAGAUGUUUUUUUAAAUGAAACUGAAAAUUCCCUUCUUGUUUUUUAAACUGCUAAAAUUUCCCAAUGUCAAAGCCAUGGGUGUCAAUUCAAAUUUUAGAAAUAAGACUUUGAACACUUCAGGACUAGCAUUAAAAAAUAUGUAUAUGUAAUGGAAUGGAAUUUGUUACAACAGAAAAAUACGAACAUUUCAGGGCUGGCUCUUGUUGGGCAGAAAAUUCCACCAAAAUUAUGUAUGACAAGAUUUAAGCUGCUGUUCACAAAAUCGACAAAUCCAAAUUUAAGAUGGAUUUGGCGAAUAUUUUAUUAUUCAUCUUCGAUAUAUCGUGCGGGUUAUGUACCGUUGUCGUAUCGUGGGUUAUGUAUCAUUGUGUGUAUUGUAUCGCGGGUUCUGUGUUGUUAUGCGUAUCUUUCUUUUUUUUAUUUUCUUUUUUAUUGUCCCAGGUCACAAACAUAGCAGUGUCAGGGAUGGGAGCCCCAAAUCACUGCUGUACAUAUAAUAAAUAUACAACACAUAUAUCCAUACACAAACAAAUACGUACACAUGUACCCCAAUGUCCUCCAAUACAUACACAUAUGUACAUACAUAGAUUCACACAGACAUAUGUGCAAAAAAGCAUCAAUGUAAGUGGGUACAAGAGUAGUAAAUAUAUAUAUAUAUGUAAUUGGUUUAAUCUGGGAUAUUAUAAAGAGAAGAGAGGAUAAGAAAGAGGAAAAAGAGGUAGAAGACGAGAUAAGGUUAUACAUGAGGUGUAUGUUUCUUUUUCUUGUUUUCCGCUAUCUCCGAACAAGCCAUAGACAAGAACAAACUUAAGCUAACAUCAUAUAUUUCAUUUAAUCGUUAUCAUUAAAUAAAUUAGCCCAUGUAGCCCAUUGUUUAUUAAACAUUUCGUAUUUGCAAUUUUUAUAUAAAAUAAAUCUAUUUCAAAUUUUUGCUUCAACAGAUUUUUAACAACUUUGAUUUCUAAAUUCUUUUUUUUGUGUCUUAGUUCCAUAAACAUAAUAUUUUAUAUUAAUAAUUAACCAGUUAAGGAAGUUAGAUUUUUUGUUAUUAAUAAUACCAAAGAUGACAUUAUUUUUAUUGAAAUUAAUUAUAAUACCAGUCUGAGUCAAUAUCCAGUUUUGUACUGCAACGCAUAAGUUGUGAACCUUAUUGCAUUUGAAAAAUAGAUGUGGUAUGGUUUCUGGAUGGUUGUUACAAAAGCUACACAUGUUUGACUCAUGUAUGUAUCGUUGUGCGUGUCGCAUCAUGGGUUAUGUAUCGUUGUGCGUAUUGUAUCGCGGGUUACGUAUCGUAUCGUGAAAGCCUUGUUUGUAACGAUGGGGUCACAUGCAUGAGAUUCAUCUGUCUCCUAUACAUCAUACUGUUAUUAUUUUUGUUGUCUCGUGUUGGUGAAAUUAUAGGCAUUACUUUUCUGAUGGCGAUGAAGGUGACAGUGUUAAUUACGCAGCUAACUCUGUAAAAGUUUUGCAUUCAGGACCGGUUCUCACAAUAUAUAUUAUUGUACCUGAUGGCGAUGAAGGUGACAGUGUUAAUUAUGCAGCUAACUCUGUAAAAGUUUUGCAUUCAGGACCGGUUCUCACAAUAUAUAUUAUUGUACCUGCUUUAUGGGUUGUACAAAUGUAUAUGUUCAUUUCGAUGCAUCUUUAUAAUAAAUUAUUAAAUUCGUUUAAUAAAUUU